AUGAGAAGUGGUCUCAAGAAGUUGGAUCAACAGCGGACGUUGGGGACGAUAUAUAUACCUCAUCCAACGGACCCCGAUGAGCCUGUUAAGCCUAUUCGUUAUCGCACGGGAUCCAUGGUCUCCCAAAGUCGCGCGAUACAUUCUCAACGCACCCGGUAUGCGGUCUUUUCUCUCAAGUAUGCGUACGGCACCGUGCUCAGCCGCUCUCCUGCUCCCGAAAUCGACACUUUUCCAUGCCGAAAGUGUUGGAUUUUCGCAUUCGCAGAGCAACUCAAAUCCUUGUACAUGUUCUCAAUCCAUGACAAUCUAUUGGAAACGUUUGUUCGAGAACAAAUAGCCCGGGAACGGAAGAGCCGAAUACGUAGCACGUUCCAUGUAUUGUUGUCAAUUCUAGAUUUUGGAUUCUGUAUCCCGGGAUUCGGGUUGUGGGUUUGUUUCUAUCCCUUGCAGCCCAGUCUAAAUAUGCAUUCGGCUGGUGCAGAUGUGUAUUUAUCCCUGACGAGGGCUUUCUAA